AUCGCCAUUCCUACUGGACUGAGCGGACAUGCUCACAGGCCAGGUCCAAAACUAAAAGCUGCCCACACAGAAUUUUUAAAGGGUGGGACCAAUCCGUUUGACAACCCUACGGGAACCAGAGCCGAACCAAGGAGUUGGCACUGCUGAGAGCCCCAACUGUCACUCACUCUGGCAGUCUCACUUCCUCCACUUUUUUCACUCACUGCGUGGUCCCCUUCUUCUCCCCACCUUCUCUUUAACCCUAGCCCUUCUCCACACUCUCUGUGCAGACGCCGUCCUCCUUCUUCCGUCUUCGUCCUCCUCGUCUGUCGCUUCUGUACUUUCUUCACUGUCCAAGUUUGUAUCUCAGUUCCAAAAUGCAGAUGCCUCAGGUAAUCCGCUAUUUCCGCCAUUUUCCACAACGCCAUCUGCCAUAAAACUAUGGCGGAGUUUUGGCUCAUCGCCAUGAGCCGCCAUCCACAAUAAAAAACUAUGAUACGUGAUCAAGUUCUAUUUGUGCAGCAUCCAUAUCAUACCAAUCCUGUACCCAUUCAAGGAUCUUCAGCAUUGGUGCCAGUGGAUUUGAAUGAAAACCAUGUUGAUUCUCACAAUGGUGCACAAAACGGUGGAUAUCAACAAGCAGAAUCCCUCUUCCGACAGUCCCAGAAACUAGAGGCUGAUCUACAUAUGUUGGGGAUGAAAAUUAAGCAGCACGAGGACAACCUAAAUAAUUUGAAUGCUCAAAAGAGCAAAUUGGACAAUUCCAUUCUUCAUUUGCAAGUUACUAGUGGGAAAUCAGAGUCUUCAAAUACACUUACCAUUGAUAAUGGGGACAGUCCCCUCCCCAUCAGUAAGGAGGAGGUUAAUAAACAGAUAUUGCAACAUGAAAAAUCUGCUGCGGGUAUUUUGUGCCAGAUCAAGACUCGUUUUAAAGCUCAGGCAUCUCAUCUUACACCAACUAAGGAUGUUGUGGGGAUUGUUGCCACACUGGGCCAAGUUGAGGAUGACAAUCUUAGCAGACUUUUCUCAGAGUAUCUAGGGCUGGACACCAUGCUGGCGCUUGUCUGUAGAACCAUUGAAGGAAUCAAGGCUCUUGAAAUGCAUGAUAAGGACGGCAUUGUAAAUAAGAGUUCUGGUCUUCACGGAUUAGGUGCCUCUAUUGGAAGGGCUUUGGAUGGUCGGUUUCUAGUGAUAUGUCUUGAAUCUCUGAGGCCUUAUCCAGGUACAUAUAUGGCUGAUGAUGCACAACGGAAGCUGGACAUUUUAAACCCAAGAUUACCCAAUGGGUCAUGUCCGCCUGGCUUUAUUGGCUUUGCAGUGAAUAUGAUCAACAUUGAUAGCUCAAACCUAUUUGGUGUAACUCCCAGUGGUUAUGGCCUCAGAGAAACCCUGUUUUAUAAUCUCUUCUCUCGUACACAAGUAUAUAAGACUAGGGCAGAUAUGGUACAAGCACUUCCUUGCAUAAGUGAUGGAGCUCUCUCUUUAGAUGGAGGAAUGAUUAGGAGCUGCGGUGUAUUUUACAUGGGCAAUAGGGUGGAUAUAGAUGUGAGAUUCCCAAGGCCAGAAAUAUCAAUGGGGAUUGAUAACUCCCUUAAACUUGAGAUGCAAUUAAAGGAUUUGAAAUCGCAGAAGGAAAAUAUUCUGGAAGAUUUGAAAAGGGAACAGACUCUGUUGGAUGUGGCAAAGGUCAAUUUCCAAAAAAAGAAGAAUGAGUAUAUCAGGUUUCUGGCAGAAAGCUCUGCAAAUGCAACAACUCAGGUUGGAAGAUUUUGAAAUUAGCAUGUAGUAAGAUAUGCAGAAUGGGGCAUGCAGCAGUAGCAACGUGUUUCAGUGCUUGAGCAUUGAGAUCGGAACAUGUGCGAUCAGGGUUGUUGAAGAAAGAGAAUAUCUCAUCUCGAUUUCUUAAAUUGGAAGAUGAUGUUUGCAUAGAGAAACAAGCUAAGGCUUCCUCGUCUAUAGCCUCCCUAGGCUAACAACCAUUUUGGCAUUUUCUUGAAUUGUAAAUCACCUGAACACGCUUACUCGUCUAUAGUUCUGUACAGUGUGAUUAUGGGAGGUGUGAAUCUUGUAUAUUUCUCUUUAGGAUUUUACCCUUUACCAUUUUGCAAUUAAUCGGAUUUAUUAUUUUGUCAUA